AUGGAAAAAAGGAAUAAUGUGACUGAGUUUGUCCUCUUGGGGCUCACUCAGAGCAACCAGGGUCAGAAAAUAUUAUUUGUAUUGUUCUUGCUCAUUUACACUGUGACCAUGGUGGGCAACCUACUCAUUGUCCUGACUGUGGUGUUCAGCCCAACCCUGGGUGCCCCUAUGUAUAUCCUUCUUGGCUACUUAUCAUUUAUGGAUGCUGUUUAUGCUACUACAGUUAACCCAAACACAUUUAUAGACUUACUCUAUGAGAAGAAAACCAUUUCAUUCCAAGCUUGCAUGAUUCAGCUCUUUACAGAGCAUUUUUUUGGCGGUGCUGAGAUUUUACUCCUGGUGGUCAUGGCCUAUGACCGCUACGUGGCCAUCUGCAAACCCUUGCAUUAUGUGACAACCAUGAGUCAGCGAGUGUGUGUCCUGCUGCUGCUGUUGGCUUGGGUUGGUGGACUGUUACACGCUAUAGUUAACAUUCACUUUGUCUACAGCCUUCCCUUCUGUGGCCCCAAUGUUAUUGACCACUUCAUGUGUGACAUGUACCCUUUGUUAAAACUGGCCUGCACUGACACCCACAUUAUUGCUGUCAUAGUGGUUGCCAAUGAUGGCAUAAUCUGUGUGGUCCUCUUCACCCUCUUACUCAUCUCCUAUGGGGUCAUUCUGCACUCCCUGAAGAAUAUUAGUCAGGAAGGCAGGCGCAAAGCCUUGUCCACCUGCGGCUCCCACAUCACUGUGGUGCUCCUCUUCUUUGUGCCCUGUAUAUUUCUGUAUGUGAGACCUCCUUCCAUCUUACCCAUUGAUAAGUCCUUGGCUGUGUUUUAUACCAUUAUCACCCCUAUGGUGAACCCUCUAAUCUAUACUCUGAGAAACAGUGAGAUUCAAAAUGCCAUGGGAAAGCUCUGGAUCAGAAAAAGAACAUGA